CUAGACUUCAAGUGUUUCUGUGAUAUGUUAUAGAAGAUCAUAGAAGACAGACCAAGACAUUCUAUCACUGUCCCCUGGCUGUCCCCGAAAGUAAGUUACCAGCUCCCUUUGGCGUUGCCAAAAAACGUGACGUCAUUCAUACCCCUGCCAUACGAUCUUGUGAAGCCCGUCCCGAGGAGGAAAAUCGCGCCAUUUUGUUUUCUCCACAGGCACGCCGUGUUUUUCAGACGAUCACAGGGCAGGUUGGCGAUUCUGAGGUGAAAAUCCACCCUGCGCUUUGUACAUCUGUGCUGAUCACUUGCAGUGGUAUAAACUGCAUCUCGGAAGUCAGCAUACGUGAUAUAUUUGCACAGUUUGUAAAGGCUGUCUGAUAUAGUGAACAGCAGCCAUGGCUGAUGACUUCGAUGUAGAAGCAAUGCUGGAAGCCCCUUACAAGAAAGAGGACAUCUCCAGCAAGUCCAGCGGUGACAAAGAUGAAGAAAGAAAAAAGAAGAGGAAAAAGCACAGCCGGAGCCGAUCUCGAAGUCGUGACAGGCGCUCCCGCAGCAAGGACAGGGACAGAGACAGGCGCCGCUCUCGGAGCCGCGAUCGUGAAAGGAAAAGGAGGAGCCGAUCACGGAGCCGAGGACGUUACCGAGAUCGCUUCCGAAGAAGCAGAAGCCGCAGUCCUAUCCGGGGUGGACGCUACAGACAAAACUUUGGUGGUCAACCCAGACAACAGACUAAGCCUGCAGAACAACCAAGGGCUCGCAGUCCAAAGAAGAAGUCCAAGUCAAAAAGUCCUUUGAGGGAAAAUGGAAUUACCAAGGAUGAUAGUGGGCCUCAGCUGUCUCCAGAGGAGCGGGAUCAGCGCACGGUCUUUGUCAUGCAGCUGUCCCAGCGGGUCAGACCUAAAGAUCUGGAAGAUUUUUUCUCAUCAGUUGGAAAGGUUCGUGAUGUGCGGUUAGUGUCAGACCACAAAUCACGUCGCUCAAAGGGCUUUGGCUAUGUGGAGUUUGGAGACAAAUCCUCAGUCCCAUUGGCUAUUGGUCUAACAAACCAGAAGUUACUUGGGGUCCCCAUCAUUGUGCAAGCAUCCCAAGCAGAGAAGAACAGGGCAGCAGCCAACUCCCAGAACCUGCAGAAAGGCAGCUCCGGUCCCAUGAGACUGUACGUGGGCUCCCUGCACUUCAACAUCACAGAGGACAUGCUGAGGGGAAUCUUCGAGCCUUUUGGAAAGAUCGACAACAUUCAGCUGAUGAAGGACAGUGAGACGGGGCGCUCCAAGGGAUACGGCUUUAUCACUUUCCACGAUGCAGAAUGUGCAAAGAAAGCCCUUGAACAGCUGAAUGGGUUUGAGCUGGCAGGCAGGCCCAUGAAGGUGGGGCAUGUGACGGAGCGGUCAGAUGCAGGAGCAGCAACGUCCUUCCUGGACAGCGAUGAGCUGGAGCGGACAGGCAUCGAACUGAGCACAACUGGGCGUCUCCAGCUCAUGGCUAAGUUGGCUGAAGGUACUGGGUUUGAGAUGCCAGCUGCAGCCCAGUCGGCGUUGAACAUGCCCAUGGCUAGCCUGACAGGCCUGCCCACCCUUCCCGGGGCAGGGCCAGGGGUAGCAGCCCCUGCAGGGGUCAUGCCUGCAGCAGGACAGCAACCACCUCCCCCACCUGUACCCAUCCCUGCGUAUGCCACACCAUGUUUCCAGCUCUCCAACAUGUUUGAUAUCAAGAUGGAAAACACUCCAAACUGGGACUUGGAGAUCAGGAAUGAUGUAGUUGAGGAGUGCACCAAGCACGGGGGUGUUCUGCACGUGUUCGUGGACAAAAACUCUGACAACACCGCUGAUCCAUUGCAGGGAGGAGAGCAAUCACAGGGGAACGUUUAUGUGAAGUGUCCCAACAUCCAGACAGCAGCAGCCUGUGUGAACGCCCUGCAUGGAAGAUGGUUUGCAGGAAAGAUGAUCCAAGCUAACUACGUGCCAAUAGUGAAUUACCAUGCACUGUUCCCUGAAGCAAUCACCGCUACAACAUUACUACAGCCGGCAAGCGCUCAGCAGUGACUACCCUUGUACAUUUGAUGGUCCGUACCUGUAGUCAGAGCACUAGCCCAUUGUUUCUGUGUUGACCAGUGGAGAUGACGGUCCUUUUGUAGAUUUUAUCAGCUCUACAUGUACUGAAAAGGCUUCAGUUUCACUUGUAGAUGUCUUCAGUACAGCUGCAUCCGACAUUGUCUUGUAUAUAACUUGUCUGUGCAUUUGAAACUGUAAGUUUCCAUGAAAAUUUGGCAGUCUUUACCUUGGAGAAGAGACUUGUUUUUAGGUGCUCAAGGUUGAUUCUUGAGGGAUGGAACUAUGCUAUUGAAUUAUUUCAGUUAUAUUACCCUGGUUUACAUUGAAUUGGGUGAUUUUUUUUCAUGGGGAAUGAUGAUGCAAAGGGACCAAAGUGUACAUUAUGUGUUUAUCCGGAGGAGAACAGUAUUGGAUUUUCAAAUUAAUCUACCAUCCUUGUAUACAUACAUAUACUGUAUUUCCUGUAACUCAGCUCCUGAGACUCAAAAGACCUCCUAAAGGACUGCAUGUGAUGGAGAGUCAAUGGACCCACCCAAGAUUAAAAAGGAUUGUCAUUGUUAUGUUGCAUGUAAAAAUGCUGUCCACAGAAUCUGGAAAACACAAAGAAUUGUAAUAUUUUAGUUUUUCCACUAGCUUUUCUGUAGGCAGGGAUUAAAAUAGACCUAGCAGCUACUCAUUGUAUUUAGCAUGUCUAGUUUGAUGCAUAUUUUGGGCUUUGUAAGUUCUGCAACUGCUACAAACUGGCAAAUACUGGAAACAGCUUGUAAAUAUGGGCCAGCACCAAUAGUUUUCGGGGUCAGUGGUGGUUCAUUAGUUGACCAAUUAACAUUGUUGUCUUUUGUUCACCUAUUGUUUGUUCCAUGGCAACAAGGUAGACCUAUAAGUACACUUGUAUGUAUUGUUUACCACAUACACGUGGAGCCUUUUAACUGUCGAAGUCACAGAAGUCAGGUCAACAUGAAGAACUUGCGAAGUCAUUUAUAAUAAACCAAUUUCCAUUACAA